AUCCUUAAUGUGAAUAUGAUAAAGGAAUACGAGCAAAGACAAACUUCUAACGUUGGAUUACCCAAAAACUUAGCAGGUCCAAAAACAGUUUUUUUCUGGGCCCCGAUGUUUAAAUGGGGCCUGGUCAUGGCUGGUUUGGCUGAUAUGACCCGACCAGCAGAUAAACUCAGCACCUCCCAGUCCGCAGUGCUGACAGCCACAGGGCUCAUCUGGUCCAGAUAUUCGCUGGUCAUUAUCCCAAAGAACUGGAACCUUUUCGCUGUGAACUUCUUCGUGGGCAGCGCAGGAGCGUCCCAGCUCUACAGGAUCUGGAACUACAAGCAGGAGCUGAAGGCUAAAGAAGCCGAGUCGUGAGGAAGUUCUCGCUGCGAUGCUGCUGACACAAAGGGAGACUUUUAUAUCAUCUCUGCACCAUCCUACGCUGUUCCCAUAACAUCCAUGCCAUAACCACGUUUUACCACAUUAAGCCUGUUGUCCCUGAAGGAAAUACACUUUUCCCCAAGUUUCACGUUUCCGCAGGGUGUUUAUAAAAAGAUAUUUGUUUUUGUUUUUUAACUCGUCAAUACACGCUCAAGAACCGUGGUCAUCAACGCACAAGUACCGCUUGUUCAUCAAGUUUUAUGAUUGUACAGUGUCUGAUUUCACACGUCAGACUUUGUAUCGUGCGCACUAGUCGGGGAAAUUUUGCAUCAUUUGUCAACUGACUUCUGUCAGAUGUAGCAAUCAGUACCUCAAGCAAAAUUCACCUGACUGUUGUAUCAGUGCUGAAUGUCACCAUAAAUUUAAGAAGGAUUUAUCUUUUCAUUCACAUAUUUAUAAUUUCAUUGGUGUCUGUUCCUCAGCAGUCAUUAAGCCUUUGAUUACAAUGGAAAGGAUUCCUUCCAUUUUAAUAAUCCAUUCAAGAACAAACCCUGAGUUAUAUAUUUAUUUUGACAGAAGUGUGUGAGAAGUUAUUCAACAUGUGCGUGCAACUUUGCGAGUCAACGAGCAAACACUGGGACAGACUGUAACAGCUCUUUUUAGACUUCCUCAUAAAAUACUUGAUCUGGGAAAAUGUUGUUUUUUUUUCAAUAAUUGACACAAUCAAACUGUAUCCAUGCAGUAACUCCCUAAUUUAGCAAUAAUUUGUGUAAUUAAUCUGCUGACUGUUCAGACAUUUAAGGGAUGGUCACUAAAUGUAUGAAAUAUGUUGGUAAUUGCUAUGUAUUAAUAAAUCCGACUAAUACAG